CGUGUGACGUGACAUCCAGCCCUGCGCUCUCAGUGACUGAAAUGAGCUGAAACAGGGGAUAGAGCUGUUGUCAUAGAACGCUUUUAAACCGAAACUGCUGUUCACAGCUCUGUUUUAAAACACAUUUUAUGUGCGCACGCAACCAUACCACUUUCGGUGUUUCUGUCUGAAUCCUAGCAGCCUCUAAAUUACAACAGUAGCUUAGAGACUGUGGGCCCGGUGUUCGUAGAGCGAUGUCUGUAACAGCUGAUCACAUCCGGGAAAAACUCACCAAGGAGCUUGGCGCCGUGCACGUGGAUGUAGAGGAUACAUCACCCAACAGAUGUGCUACAAGCUACAAAGUCCUGGUGGUGUCGUCCCAGUUUGAGGGCAAGCCACUGUUACAGAGACACAGGAUGGUGAACACAUGCCUCGCUGAGGAGCUGAAAGAAAUCCACGCUUUUGAACAGAAGACCCUCACACCGGAACAGUGGGAGAAGCAGAAGUCUCAAUGAGACCUUUCACCAAAUCUGCUAGAAAGCAGACCUACCACAAACGCUCUCCUUGUUUUUCAUUUGGAUCCCUAAUGUUAAGGUAAUAAAAUAAAGGAACUCAGAGGUCAUAAUGGCAUCAAAAUGAAAAA